AUGUUCUUUCUGGAUGCGUUUCUAAAAGGCUUAAAGCCUCAAUUUGAUGAUGAUGGCUGUGAUCGUCUUAAUUACUACUACACUCCAAUGCUUCUUGUAAUAUUCUCAUUAACACUAUCGGCUAAGCAAUAUGUGGGUCAGCCAAUUCAAUGUUGGAUUCCAGCACAGUUUACUGGUGCUUGGGAACAAUAUAGUGAGAAUUAUUGUUUUGUUCAAAAUACGUACUUUGUUCGACCUGAUGCUUAUAUCCCUGACUCGACUGCUGAACGAGAAUCAACUGAACUUGGUUAUUACCAGUGGGUGCCAUUCAUCUUAGGAAUCCAAGCUAUUCUCUUCUAUCUUCCAGCUUUAGUAUGGAGGUUCUUCAAUUGGCAAAGCGGUAUUGCCGUCAAGUCUAUUGUAAUGAUGGCUAGAGAUACAAGCAAUAUGCAAGUUCAACGAAGAAAGGAUUCUGUAGCUGUUGUUGGAGCUCACAUUCACGAUUCUCUUCGUACACAACAGAAAUUAGAAAGAAUUAGCCGCUUAGGAUCAUUUGUUCACAAGGGAGCUUUCUUGACAAGCUUAUAUCUUUUUGUGAAAGUAUUGUACCUCAUUCAGGUUGCAAUGCAAUUCAUCAUUCUUAACAACUUCCUUUCAACAUCAUACACCUUCUGGGGAUUCGGCAUAUUAUCAGAUUUGAUGCAUGGUCGUGAAUGGCAAGAGAGCGGACAUUUCCCAAGGGUAACGAUGUGUGACUUUGAAGUUCGUGUACUUGGUGCCAAGCAUAAUCACGUUGUUCAAUGCGUUUUGAUGAUCAACAUGUUCAAUGAAAAAGUCUACCUCUUCUUAUGGUUCUGGCUUCUUGGUGUUGCCAUGUACACUGCUUGCAACUUGUUAUAUUGGGUUUCCCAACUUCUCAGUGAGGAUAAGCGUCGUAGUUACAUCGCCACUUACCUUAAAGUCUUCCGUUUGGUUGAGGAUGACGAUAGAUCAAGCGAAAGAACUUUGAACAAAUUCGUUUCUCAGGGUCUUAGAUGCGAUGGAGUAUUCUUAACUCAUCUUAUUUCAAAGAAUGCUGGUGAUAUCAUAACCACAGAUCUAGUGGCAACACUUUGGGGACGCUUUUUGGAAGAUGAAAAAGCUAACAGCCGAGAAACUCCACAAGCUCCAGCUUUAGACGAUGUUGAUGGUUUCCGUGAAAAGAUGCCACUUACCUAA